GAUUUAGGUUCUUGUUGCUAAUUAACCAGAAUGUCAAGGUCGAUUUUCUGUGGAAAUUUGGAUAAUGACACUCGCCAUUCUGAGCUUGAGCGGCUUUUCAGCAGAUAUGGGAAGGUUGACAGGGUGGAUAUGAAAUCAGGAAUAUAUUGGAGAAUACAUGCUCUUCUUGCUUGUUGGGCGCAUGCAUUCAACAAUCCUUCCAGCUCGAGUUCAUAUUGCCUCUUUCCAGAGAGCUGAUCCAUUCCGCAAUUCAAUCGCAUUUCAUUCACACGGAAACAUUCUCCACAAGACUAUUGCCUUUAAUUUCUCGUGAACUUUGCCCAGCCUUCCAUCCCAACCAUGUUUCCAUCCUGAACAGCCUGGCUGGAGAAUAUGUAUGGAGGAGGACUCUCUGUACCAUGGCCUACCACAAUACCUGUCUUUUGGACUAAUGUUCUCUGACGUCAUUUAGUUACCAGGGUUUGCUUUUAUAUACAUGGAUGAUGAGCGUGAUGCUGAAGAUGCAAUACGUGGACUUGAUCGGCUAGAGUUUGGCAGACAUGGGCGGCGGCUCCGUGUUGAGUGGACAAAGCAAGAAAGGAAUAGCAGAAGGUCUGGCAGUUCAAGAAGGCCUUCGGCUAACACAAAACCUUCAAAGACCUUGUUUGUCAUAAACUUUGACUCAAUCAACACCAGGACACGGGAUUUGGAAAGGCAUUUUGAGCCAUAUGGAAAAAUUUUGAAUGUUAGGAUUCGAAGAAAUUUUGCCUUCAUCCAGUUUGAUGCUCAGGACGAUGCAACAAAAGCACUAGAGGCUACCCACAUGAGCAAGCUGAUGGAUCGGGUGAUCUCCGUCGAGUAUGCAGUCCGUGAUGAUGACGAUAGAAGAAACGGCUAUAGCCCUGAUCGGAGAGGUCGGGAAAGGUCAAGAAGCCAUGAUCGAGGACGGUCUUCAAGUCCUUAUGGUAGAGGCGUGGAGAGGGCGAGCCCCAACUACGGUCGUGCUCCCAGUCCAUAUGCCAAGGCCAGGGAGAGGGGAAGUCCUAGCUAUGAAAAAGCUCAAAGUCCUGCCGAUGAUAGAGACCGCAGUCGCUCCCCAUGAAGGCAGGCAGUAUCUGAAGCGCUCGGUUCCUGUUGAUCCCAAAAAGUGUGUUGUUGUGCAGCUUAUCCCAGUAGAUGUUUGUUUACUUUGCCAUGAUCAGAGGUCCCCAUUAGAUUGUGUGUGAUGACUUAGCUUAUCUUGUUUUCUCAUUAGAAAAUAGGCAAGGGAAGUGUUUUUGCACUGUACUUGUCUUUGACACCUUGUUCAUUAUUUCUGGCUUCUAUAUAACACUCCGAUUUUGUUUCAAGAAUGUCAUUGCCUUGCGGUAAUGAUAUUUGGGUGAAAAAUUUUAAUUUCUAAUUUAUUUUAUUUUCAA